AUGGCGACCCUCGCGACCGCUUCUCGUCUCUGCUUGCGCACGGCUGCAAAGCCCGCCGUCCCUGCUGUGCGCGCCCUCAGCACCACCGCCGUUCGAACCGACAGCGCGUCCGCCUCCGGAUACUCCAGCCCUUUCAAGUUCCAGGGUGAGAGCAAGGGCGCUCAGAUUCCCAACUUUGGAAAAUAUGUCUCCUCCGGCGGCGAGACAAAGAACAAGCUCUACUCGUACUUCAUGGUCGGUGCCCUCGGUGCCGUCAGUGCUGCUGGAGCCAAGAGCACAGUUCAGGAGUUCCUGGUCAACAUGUCUGCUUCCGCCGACGUUCUGGCCAUGGCCAAGGUUGAGGUUGAUCUGAGCUCUAUCCCCGAGGGCAAGAACGUUAUCAUCAAGUGGCGAGGCAAGCCCGUCUUCAUCCGACACCGAACCCAGGACGAGAUCGACCAGGCAAACAAGGUCAACAUCUCUGCUCUUCGAGAUCCCGAGGAGGACAGCGCCCGUGUCAAGAACCCUGAGUGGCUUAUCAUGUUGGGUGUCUGCACCCACUUGGGUUGUGUCCCCAUUGGUGAGGCCGGUGACUACGGCGGUUGGUUCUGCCCUUGCCACGGUUCUCACUACGAUAUCUCCGGCCGAAUAAGGAAGGGUCCUGCCCCUCUCAACCUCGAGAUUCCCGAGUACGAUUUCCCCGAGGAUGGCAAGCUGGUCGUCGGUUAA